AUGACCGAGAGCGCCUCCCUCCAUGACCUUAAAGCGCACGCAACCACGGCUGUUGCCGCGGGUGGCGCCGUCUAUGCUGCGAACCAGCUCGUCAAAAGCUUCGAAGAAGAUGACAAAUCGAUGACCCAACAUCUCAAGGCUGGCGUUGGAGCUGCCGUUGCUAUUGGCGCACUCGAAAUGCUUAAUAAAGAAGACGGAAGUCUUCUUACUUAUCGCAAGCUGUUGCACAAGACAUAUGAGACUUCUUGUCCUAACUGGUCACAUUCACGGGAAAGACAUGAGAAUAGCUUCCCUGAGCAAGAGGAAAGUAAAAGACACCUCAUGAGGCGAGAAAGGGUAUCACACUCAUCGUCUUGGUCGUCUAGCGUGUUGUCCAACGAGUCGGGUCAUAAUUGUCAUCUAGUGGAAGAGUUAGUAGGAGCAUAUAGCCUGGGAAAGCAACUUCUGGGUGAUAAGAAACAUAAAAUUGUGUAUUUGGUUGCAGACGCAAUGGGAGCAGCUGCUCUGCUAAAGGAGAUCAAUGAGCAUGAUUUGAAAAGGGGUUGA